AUGAUCACCGGGACUUCACCUUCUCUUACUUUGUCAGGAAAGCCACCAGGUAAGGAGGGGACCCCCGGAGGACGCGCCCGGGCGCUGAGUGACCUGGGGGCUCAGCCCGCCCCCUUCCUGGACCUCCCCCCUUCCUUCACCCUUGAACGCGCUGUGUUCCCAGGCCCUUUGCCUUCGGAGAGGGCUUUGGUCCCGCUGGGGCGUAGAGACCUCGACUCCGUGGCCGGUACAGUCGAGACGCCCGAGCGUGGGGUUCGAUCCGACGGUGUUGGAGCCCCUUCCCUGCAGCCCCUCCGGGAGCUCCAUUUCCAGCCUGGUCGCAGCGGCUCCGCUCCGCCCCCGGCCCCCGUGCCCGGCCCUCGGCGGGGCGGGGAAGCGGGGGGUGGGUGGGGUGAGAGCGCGAGGAGCCCCGAGGCAGCACCGUGCCGGAGUCGUCCCGGAGUGAGUGCGGUCGCCUCUCGCCCCCUCGCAGUCCCUCCCGGGCUCGCGCGCUUCCUUCCACUCUCUCCGGCUGCGCCCAGGGCUCCGCGGCGCGCACGGAGGCGCUGGGGAGGGCGGCGGCGGCGGCGGCGGGCGGAGGCGGGGCGGCGGCGUCCCCGCAGCCCGAGGAGCAGCCGGGCGGGCUCCGGGGCGCACCGGCUGCAGGCGGCGGCCGUCGGGGGCGCCGCGCGCCUGGCGGGGCUGGUGGGGCGGCCCCGGGAUCCCCCCGCCGCCGCGCGGGCUCGGCUGUGCCGGGCGCUCCCCGCCAGGGGGCGGCGCAGGGCGGGGCGGCGGCGGGCAGCGGGCAGCGGGGUCGGCGAGCAGCGAGCAGGCUUGAGGGGCCGCCUCACCUGGGCUCGUCGUCGCCCGGGCGCCCCCGGAGCCCAGGGCCUGCGGAGGCCGCGGGGGCUGCGCCUCCAAAGUCCUGUGUUCGCUAUGUUGCCCUUUGGAGACCAAACAAGGCUGUUUCUCCUAAAGAGUUGAUGUGGAUGUCCUCACUGUCGGGCUUUGGGGACGGAGCCUUGACUUCGGGCAAAUCUGCUCUCCAGGGCUUCGUUGCCCCGCCCUCCCCGUAAAGUCUCCUUGCCCGCCUUGGCCGUCUUCCUUCGAAAGUCCUGAACCUGGAGCCAGCAGAGGAUAAAGCCCCGAGAGAGAGUGACGUGUGCUCGAAGGACGCUGUUCUGCGGUCGGGCCGGGCACUCGGGCACCGGGCUCCGGAAUUCUUGCCUGCUGCGGGCCGCGGGUCCCAGGGCUCCCCUGCCACUCCGAGGCCCUCUGUCCCCAGUUCCCUUCCCCCUGGCCCACUUCCCCCUCUCUGCCUCAUUGAAUGGGGAGUGGGCAGGAGACCUGGGCUGAUCUUUUUUUUUUUUUCAGUGUGUCAGGGUGUUCUUUGGAGGUGUUCUGUAGGCAGGUUAUUAAUAGUUGAAAGGAAAACCUGACGGGUCUUACAUAAAUCAGCAUAAAUGUCCUCUCCCCCCCCCCCUUAAGAUAGGCACUUAGGAUAGCUUGGUGGUCGGUGUUAAAUAGUCGUACGUAAGAAUGCUUCUCUCAGAGCCUGCCAGAGCUUUGCUAGUAACUUUUCAUCGGCAAACAAAUGGAAAGAGUUAAAUUUACUUUGUUUUCCGCAUUACUUUUUCUCCCAAGUAGCAUAGACUUAAAAUCCUAAUUUCUCAGAGUUGCUGCUCAGUGUAAAAUUUAGGUCAUCUGAAACUCUAUAUAAAGGCUUUUUUUUAAGCGA